GGAGACAGCCAGGGAGUCCUCAAGGAUUCCCAGUGUGGGGGUGCAGUUGGGGAGGUGGGAUGCUCUCUGAGGAGUUUGCCCUGAUGGGAGGAUGGCCAGGCCUCUGGAACAGGCGGUGGCUGCCAUCGUGUGCACCUUCCAGGAGUAUUCGGGCCGCGGCGGGAACAAGCACAGGCUCUGCCAGGGGGAGCUCAAGGAGCUGCUGCAGAAGGAGCUGCCCACCUGGACCCCGACGGAGCUGCGGGAGUGUGACUACCAUCAGUUCAUGAGCGUCCUGGACACCAACAAGGACCAGGAGGUGGACUUCGGGGAGUUCGUGCGCGCCCUGGCCUGCCUGUGCACCUACUGCCACGACUACUUCAAGGACUGUCCCCCCGAGCCCCCCUGCCCCCAGUAGGCUCCGCUCCCACAGGCGCCUGACACGGGACCCAGGUCAGGCUGACCCAGGGGGCUAGAGGCGGGUGGGGACCUCCCCAGGGUCCCAAAGCCCCAGAGCUCUGCCUCCCCCUGUGGCUGCACAUGGAUGAGGCCCUGACCCCGGAGCGUCCACUUCACGCCUAAUAAAGA